CGGCCCUCCCUCCUCAGGUAGGACGCCACAUGCGACCCCCCAUGAUUUUGUAAGGGGCGUGGUGGGGUUCACUUUGCUCGGGAGCUGAGUGAACCCCCCCCCCUGGAAAUCGUGGGGGGGUGCGGUGCAGGGUUCGCAUGUGGCCGUCUGUCGGGAGCGAGCGAGCGAGCGACCACCACGUCGACCGCCCUGGGGUCUUCAGGCUGUUCGUGGUCGGCUGCGAGACCGGCGGCGUCAUGCGCGCCUUUCGCCCGCCGCCCGGCGCGUCGAUGGGCAAGCCGCAGGGCCAGUAUGCCUGGAAGCCUUCGGCCGUCCUGCUGUUGGACCAGUUGGCCGCGAACUCGCGGCUGCAGCUGCAGCACCACGUGGAGGACCACUGCCGGUCCUCUGGCGCGAAGGAGAUCACUGCCGAGGUGGUGUUCACCUCCAAGCCGGACCCCAUGGUGAUCUUUCCUCCGCCGAAGACGACGGACCUGGAGCCACACGCGGGGCCGGUCACCGUGGCAACCUUCUCGCCCUUCCACCGCAAGUUGCUGCUCACCGGGUCCACCGACGGCUCGGUGAGGUUGUAUGACGUCCUGCAACAAAGGGCGAUCGUCACCUUCUAUCCGCCCACGAAGCACCUCUCCACGUGCGCGGUCGCCUCGGCCUCCUGGUCGUCGGCCCGCCCGUGCGUGUUCGCCGUGGCGAUGGAGAUGGGCGGCGUCUUCGUCUACGACCUGCUGCACAGCAAACAGGAGCCGGCGCUGCAGCUGCCUCUCCCGGGCGCGCAGGCGCAGAAGGUGACGAGCGUCGCGUUCAACCCCAAGCAGCGGGGCCUCCUGGCAGUUGGGAGCGGCGACAGCGGCAGGGUGGCCGUAUUCCGGCUCCCGUUCAAGCUUUCGGACCAGCAGAAGGGCGAGAUGCGCGAGAUCUCUCAGCUCAUGAGCUCCUCCAACAAGCAGUGAGGCAUGGAAACACCUCCCCCCCCCCUCCCCCCCUCCCUGGCUUGCGCUGCGAAUUCGAGACGCGCGCGCGGCUCAGAUGUUCCUUGGACUCGCCUGGAUCGGCCUCGCCCCCGCGGCCGGACCCGUGCGCGCGGCGCGACGCGGCGGCGCGGGCUGGCGGCGGAAAAGAUGCCUGGCCGCCCGCGGAGAAAAAC